AUCUGAAAUGCGAGUAUUCCAUCUGCCUUCCGUGCCCUAACCUCCAAAACUGCGAAUUGGGAAUUUCUGUACUCGCUCCCGAACCAUAGUAUCUUCCUCUAAGCUUUCGCCAACUGAAUUUGCCAGCUGAUACAAGUGACCAAUAAAACCAUCUGUGAGUUUCUGUAAGAACUGAGUUUUUCUUCCUUCCCAUCAUUUUCAGUAACUGCGUUAAUAACCAAAGAGUACAUUUUCAAAAUACUCAAGACUCAGAAAAGGAAAAUGCAGAUUUAUGUCAGUUUAUGUUAUAGCCAUCAGGAUAGAUCUUGAUCAGUUUUUGAGAGACUACCAAAGAAACAAUAGCCAACCUAAAUAUGGAUAACAAUCCUGUGCAUUGUGGCAAGGAAGUUUGUAUUAGAGAUGGCACAGAUGGUUAUUCCAACAUGGUUGCAAAAGAUAACACAGGAACAAUUGUUAAUAUAGAGAUGUCGGAAAAUAGAAACACGGUUUACUCUCAGAAUGUAAUCAACUUGAAGUCUUUCAAAGUCGCUGAGCCUCAUGAAGGAAUGGAAUUUGAGUCAAAGGAGGGUGCUUUUACAUUCUACAAGGAAUAUGCCAAAUCGGUUGGUUUUGCUGUCAUCAUAAAGGCCAGUCGUAGGUCCAGAAUAUCUGGAAAAUUUAUUGAUGCAAAAUUUGCUUGUACCAAAUAUGGAAACAAGAGAGAAUCCGGUGUAGUUGAAGUUUCAGAUCAUGUGACAAAUCCAGAUAAUGCAAUAGUUAUUCCCACGAAGAAAAAACGGGGUAGAAUUAACCGGUCGUGGGAAAAAACUGAUUGCAAGGCAUGUAUGCAUGUCAAAUUAUUGCAAAGUGGAAGAUGGGCUAUCCAUAGUUUCAUAAAGGAGCACAAUCAUGAAAUUUUCCCAAAUGAAUUUUAUUAUUUUCGUGGCCACAGGAAUUUAGAGGUUGGUAGCAGCAAUACAGAUGUCUUCCAUGGCAAUAGAGCAAGAAGAAAAAAUAUAUGCAAUACAAUGUCCAGGCAGUCUGGAAGUUGUGCAAAAGCCAAGAAGCAGAAGGUUGCUGUCGCUGAUCAACGUAAGGUGCGGCAUCUAGCUAUAGAGGAAGGAGAUGUUCAGGUUAUGAUGGACCAUUUUGUAUGUAUGCAAGAUGAAAAUCCCAACUUUUUUUACUCUAUUGACCUGAAUGAAGAGCAGCGUUUAAGAAAUGUGUUCUGGGUUGAUGCAAAAGGCAGACUUGAUUAUUUCAAUUUUGGGGAUGUGGUUUUUUUUGACACCACAUACAUUAAGAACGAGUAUAGAUUGCCAUUUGUGCCCAUUAUUGGCGUUAAUCAUCAUUUUCAGUUUGUUUUGCUUGGAUGCUCAUUGGUUGCUGAUGACACCAAGUCAACAUAUGCUUGGCUGAUGCGGGCGUGGCUUAGAGCAAUGCAUAAAUGUCCUCCUAAUGUGAUACUCACUGAGCAAGACGAAGCCCUUAAAGAAGCCAUUGCGGAGGCAUUGCCUGACUCUUGCCAUUGUUAUUGUCUGUGGGACAUAUAUGGCAAGAUUCCAGAGAAGUUAAGUCAGGUAAUAAGACAACAUGAAAACUUUAUGCUGAAAUUCGACGAGUGUGUUUUCAAGUCUUGGACAACCGAACAGUUUGAAAAACAGUGGCUAAGAAUUAUUGAUGAAUUUGAUCUAAGUCAUGACUCAUGGUUUAAGUUAUUAUAUGCAGAUCGCGAACGAUGGGUGCCUGCAUUCAUGAAAAACAUUUUUUUGGCAGGGAUGUCUACAAGCCAAAGGCCAGAUGGUAUCAAUUCUUUCCUUGAUAAAUGCAUACAGAGAAAAACAUCACUCAAGGAGUUCUUAGACCAGUAUAGAACUUUUAUACGAGAUAAAUUUGAAGGGGAAGCAAAAGCAGAUUUUGAAACUUUGCAUAAGCAACCAGGAUUAAAAUCUCCAUCUCCUUUCGGGAAACAAAUGGCUGCAUUAUACACGCAUGGAGUAUUUAAAAAAUUCCAAGUGGAGGUUUUAGGAGUAGUUGCUUGUCAUCCAAAAAAGGAAAGCGAAGAUGGAGAAAUUAAAGUUUUCAGGGUUCAAGAUUUUGAAGAGAGUCAAGAUUUCCUCGUGGAGUGGAAUGAAGCAACUUCAGACAUCUCUUGUUUAUGCCGAUUGUUUGAAUUCAAUGGUUACCUUUGUCGUCAUGUACUGAUUGUUCUGCAAAUGUCUGGAAUACAUAGUAUCCCUUCUCAAUAUGUAUUGACACGUUGGACAAGGGAUGCAAAAAGCAGACAACAAACCACGAAAGGGUCUAAUGUUGAGUCAAAAGUUCAGCGGUAUAACGAUCUUUGUCAGCAGGCAUUUAGAUUAAGCAAUGAAGGGUCAUUGUCCCGUGAGAGCUAUAAUGUUGCAUUUGAUGCCUUGGAAGAAGCUUUGAGGAAGUGUGAGAGUUUGAAUGGCUUAAUCCAACCAUUCCCUGUAGUGCAAAGUAGUCAUGAAUCAGAAGAAGUAAACCAGGGUAAGAACACCAACAAGACCAAUAAAAUGAAUGCAGCGACCAUAAACAGAAAGGAUCAUUUCGAGCCACAGAUUACAACUAUUGGUAUUCAUGAUGGCUGGCAACAAUUGGGACACUCGAAUUCACGGCCACCAUCCCUUCACUGUUCUGAUGAACAGGAGGGCUUACAAGGGGAGCAACGGAGGACAAGAGCUCCAUCUCUUGAGAGCUAUUUUGGAUCUCAACAGCUUGUGCAUGCAAUGGGAAAAGUUAGCUCGAUUGCAUCAAGUCGCGAUGGUUGUUUCGAGAAUCAACAUAUCACACGGGGACUGGGAGUGGGGAAACUGAACUUCAGGCCAGACGUCGUUGUUCCUGGUCGCCUCAACAUUCAAGUUGGUCCACAUGAUAUGGACCCGUCUAGUGCGGGAUCCAUAGAGGUUCAUGGCGCUUCAUCCAAACAAGGCAAGUGAAGAUCUUUUUCCGUAGCCUCUCCGAGGUAGAAACUAGUUUUAGUGUAGAUAAUGGCAACGUGUUAUAUUAAUAUUAACAAUCAACGAUCAGUUUAUUACAUAAAAGGGAAAAAAUGUAGUUAUAUAUAUAUUUUUUAAACGGUAUAGGGGUACCCGCACCCACUUCAAGGUCCGGUCCUGGGAGACAUCAAAAGUUUUUAGUAUUAAGUUUUGUUAGAAGGUUCAAACUUGAGACCUUUAAGUCAGCAUGACCAAAAAACUUCAAGCCCUUACCAAUCAAGUUGUCCUUUGAAGUUAUAUAUUGGUCGGUUAUCUAAAAAUCUCCCAUGUGAGUAAUCACAUUCGUCCAAAAUGUGUUAAUCGUUUAUACUUCAACCAUUGAAAACAUGGUAUCGAGUUGAAUGUAAUAUAAAUGUAAAGCAAGUAGAA